AGUAGUAGUUUGCCAUCCAAUUUCCACCUAUUUCCACUUCGAUUCGCUUCGCGGCAACACUAACUCCUACUAACUCGUCGCCGGCAGAACAAUCAAGUUUAAGUAUAGCUGUUUACAGACAAUAAUUGCCGAGGCUCAGGCCGCUCAUCGCUCAACCGGGGCUGAUCUUUUUUUGCCCAUCAUAGUAUCUCAAACUAUUCUGAGAGUCAAAAUAUGCUCCCAGAACACUGCUUGUGUUCUACUAUCUACGAGAUGAACAAGUUGUUGUCCCUACCACUCGAGUUAUAAUUCCCAAUAUUAGUGGUGGAAUUCGGUUUCUGAUCACAUUCAGCGCCAAACUCGAUGCUUCACAGUCUCAAACUUCGAUCCUCGGGAAUACUGCGCGUAUUUGGGCCUAGUGCUCUCGCCAUUAGUAUUUUAUUGAACAUCCUCACCAUCCUGCGCUUGAAACAUACAUCGGUCGAUGGCAGAAAGUACACUUACAUCGACGACGAUCAUCCGACCGAAUUACCCCUUCACCUAGACACCGUCGCGUUGACGUUCAAUAGCACAGAACAUUACAGCACAUCAGGGUUCAUGGCCUGGUUGGAGUGGAAAUCACUUGAUCUUUUUCCACGAGGCCACGGAUUUGUGCGCCUUGGACCAAACGGGCGGAUAUUUGGUAUAUCGAUGUUUCACCAGAUUCAUUGUCUGCAAAUGAUCCGGCUCGCCCUCAUUCACGGGCCUGAUGACCAUAGUGGUCAUUGCCUCAACUUCUUGCGGCAGGCCAUUCUUUGCAAUUCUGAUACUACCCUAGACCCACUCUUUGUCAACACCGAUGGAACGAUGACAAGCACAGAUGGCUUGGGUGUGACGCAUGUAUGCCGGGAUUGGACACAGGUCUAUGCGUACAUUACGGAGAACCAGAAGGGCCCCUUGUGGGCAGAAAACAAUUAAAACAAAGAGGUGAUGCGGAGAUCUUCUUGCAAAAGUCUC